ACAGGACGAGGGCAGCCCCCAAGAGGUAUAUUCAUCUCCAUGGAAACAUGAAGUGUCUGCAGCUCCUGUUCGUGUGUUGGUGGUCCAGCAUCUUCGCAGUCACCGGCUGCAUCAGAGUGGAUGGAUAUUCAUGUGUGAGUGCCUACUGGGACAAGAUUACCUGUGUCUUGAACAUCACUAGUACUCCUGAGGGACAGUCCAACAGCACCUACAGCUUGAAAUUCACUGAUAUUAAGAAGGGCAUGAAUUCCACUUGUCCACUUGUCAUGAUGAACAACAGGUACAGCUGUGUCUGUAAAGUUGGGAGCAGAAAAAUUUUUACCAGUACCAAAAGCUAUGCCAUACAACUUUGCAAUGAGUCUGGCUGCAGUUCCCUAAUAGCGAACUUUAGUCCAUCACAGAACAUUCAGCUGACACCCCCACAUCAACUUGAGGUCCAACAAACACCAGAUAAUUUCAACAUCACUUGGAAAAGUGGAUAUGAAGACAAUCCUUACCUCGCCACUUAUCUUGAAUAUGAACUCUCACUUCAAAACUCUAAAAGCAGUGGGAGCAAAACCCUCAAAAGAUACGAGAAGUUUAUAUGGCUUCCAAGAUUACAAUUUGACUCAUAUGCUACAUAUUGCAUUAAAGUCAGAUCAAAACCUUUUGUAAAGUUAUAUAAUGGAACUUGGAGUAAAUGGAGUCCACAAACAUGCUGGACAAAGGACGAGCAAAAAGUUUUCUUAGAACAAGAAAACAUAUCAGUCAUGUUGACCAAAUAUCUGGGCCCAGUGUGUGUGGUUGUUGGAGUUCUGCUGUUUGUAUUCUACAGUCCUGCUACAAGAAUGAAGAUAAAAACUCUGUCUCACACACCAUCACCAGUCCCUUUCUUUCAAUCCUUGUUUGAAAAACACGAGGGCAAUCUCCAGGAAUGGCUUUCACCUCAAGGCAAAUUUGCACUAACAUACAAAACUGAGGAGAUCUUGAUAUCAGAUGCUGUGACUGUCGUGCCGGUACCCAUCACAAAGGACCUAGAGGAGAAACAGGAGUUCCACAACCCUUCAGUAGCACAACUGGCAUUCAAUCAGUGUCAAACCUCCUAUUUCAGCUUACCUGGGAUGCAUGGGGCCUCCCAACCUAUGACUAUGGUCUGUCCAGGGGAAACUUCUUACACUCAGCUCCCUCACUCUGUCUGGGGCUUCGGCAUCGGAGAAGUACGAGCGGUGUCCGCUUCACCCGAAGAUUUCUUAGAGAUCAGCCAUGCCGACUCUGGUUGCAGCUGUGAGGAUCUGACCCAAAGCACAGGGUGCAGUUUACCAAGCAGUCCCGUUGUUGACAGUUCACCACCAUGUUACAGUAGCGAUUACUGCAUUCUCAACAAAACAGCAGAAGGCGUUGUUCCUGUUUUAGUGUCCAAAUGAACAAGCCCAAAUGUGCCCUCCGAUUCACAGCAAGAGGCCGGGAGCAAAAAAUAAGAAAUGAUCCCGUCAGUUCAGUUGGUGAAAGAGAAAUACACAAGACUGGUGGCAGUAAUCACAAUGGCAGUGUUUGUAUUGCAUGAGUCUUACGCGUAGUUGAACUCCUUUUUGAUUUGCCUCGUUUAUACAUCAUGUGUGUUUAUACUUUGCCUCCACCUUUUAAUGAAUAACUUUUGCAAUUGUUUUAUUGGCUUGAGCGAGAUGCUUUAAAUAUGUGCUGGGCCGUCAUCAGUCUUUGAAUUGUUGAAUAGUUGAUAUUCAUCAGCAAUGCGGGUGCAAUAGGCACUGCUCCUAAAAUAAACGGGAUGUAACAAAUGCUUGUGAUGUAC